AUGCAGCAGCUCUCGAAGGUCUUUGACAACAAGGUCCGCCUUUUCAUUGCUUUUGAGGCGCUCUGUGAGGAGGCCAUGAAUUCCGAAUUCUUGUCCGGGCAGAAGAAGCUGGUUGACAAAGUCAUCAGCAGCAGUCCGAAGAUGUGUGCAGCGGAAGUGCUUUGGGCCUUGGAUGCCUACCUCGACGUGCACAAAGGCAUUUCAAAAAGUUUUGCCAUGUUGCUGAAGGUCGUCUACGAUGAGGAGUGGGCUGAGGACAAGGAAAUCCUGUCGUACUACAACGAUGACAAAGGAAAGGGAGAACCAGGUUUUCAGGAAGCGAAGAAGCUGGCGGCACCCUUUUUGAAGUGGUUGGAAGAGUCCGAGGACGACGAUUCGGACAGUGACGAUUCGGACUGA